AUGAAUAGCAGUAAUAAGGAAUGGGAGAGACUGGAUUCGUUGGAGGAAGAGGAGGCGUUGGUUUGGGAUUUAAGCGUCACUUUGCCAACCAAAUGUGUAUCCGGAAUCAAGAAAGACUCCUAUAUUUCUGUGAAUAUUGUCACGAUUCUAGAUCGUCUUCUCUUAAAGCAAGUACUUGUGAGAUUUCUACGCAGAGGAUUGAACGUUUCGAACAAUGUAGGCACUUGCGUGGAGCUAGAGAUGCUCGGUGGUUCCUUCCUUGUGUUUGGUGUUGGGGAGGAAUGA